AUGUUGGCAAGAUUUCUCAAAUCAAAGUGGGGCUGCCUAGCGUCCAGGUUUCGCCCCACGUUGGGCGAAAGUGAGGUUCGGAGCGAGAGAGUCUUAACGAAUGGCUUGAGUUCCAGCAGGGAGCUGUAAGGUAUAUGGAGCGCUGGUUAUUAGAUUUUCCGGGUGUUUUAUUCUUUAUGGAGAAAUGUGGUAGGUAGGAGCUGAAGAUAAAAUUGUUGUUAGAACUGCGACAGACUGCCCGACGAAGGCAACCCUUAUUGUCUUGGUGGCCUCACCCCGUAGCUGCUAGGACAAACGAGGGGGGUAUGGUUACCCGGCUCUGUGGCACAAAAAAAUUUAUUGGUCAAAAACCUGUCUUUAUGACACCUCAAUCUCUCACGGAAAACUGAAGGGAAAGCCGGAAAAGGGGUGAGGGAUCGCAGCCAUUAAUCAUGGUAAGUCUAAUUCCUCUGCGCCCCUUAUAGCAAUAGUGUUCCCUAAUUAGAAUUGCCUCUAGAUUAGAAGAAACGCUCGGGGGAGGUUCGUCUAGCGCUCAAUUCCCUCUAGUCCUUCGGUCCCAACAUACUAAGUUCGUUUUUUAAAUGUAUCACAGGCGUGAUUUUAUCUAUCGCAAGCAACUUGAACUCCAAAAUGCUCAAGUCGCUGAGAAAAGAUCAAGACUUAAAGCUGCUCUUGCUAGUGGAAAGGUUCGCUUCCAAUAUUCAAACGAAAGGCAAACUCUCUAAUUGCAAGGCAACCCUCUAGCCACUCCCGAAAGGAAUAGCAGACGACGUCCAACUCCGAAGAGACUUUAAAUACGAUGAAUCUCGAGAAGUAGAUGGUGACGAGGCAGCCCAAAUCGACGACGAAUACGCAACGCUCUCGGGAAUUGUAGAUCCCAAGAUCCUGAUCACUACCUCCCGCGACCCCUCUUCCCGCCUCCUCCAAUUCUCUAAGGAAAUCCGGCUUCUCCUACCUAACAGUAUUCGAUUGAACCGUGGUAAUGCCGUUCUACCCAUCCUCUGCGCUUCCUGUUUAUCAACCAGCACCUCCGACAUGAUCCUCCUGCACGAACAUAGAGGCACUCCCACUUCUCUCACGAUAUCCCACUUCCCGCAUGGCCCUACCGCGCUCUUCUCGCUACACAAUGUUGUCUUGCGUCACGAUAUCCCUAAUUCUAGCAGGGGGACCGUCAGCGAGAGUUACCCGCAUUUGAUCUUCGAGGGGUUCUCUACGCCGCUGGGAAAGCGGGUCGUUACAAUACUUAAGCACCUUUUCCCGCCGAGGGAAGCGGGGAGGGCGAAGGAGGGGAGUAGGGCCAUUACCUUUGCUCUUACUGAGGGGGAUUACAUAUCCGUUCGCCAUCAUGUCUAUGUCAAAACGGGGUAUAAGUCGGUUGAGUUAGCGGAGGUAGGGCCUAGGAUGGAAAUGAAGGUUCGUUGUUUGUGUCGUGUCCCUGGCUUAUGGCAUGUCGGUAGUUACUGACGACAUCUUUAGCUCUUUGAACUACGCUUAGGCACAGUGGAUAACAAAGACGCUGAUUACGAAUGGAGAUUGUCUAAUUACACGAGGUAUAUCGCAUCACCGCUUCCGGUGUCUAGACUUAUCACUGACCUGAUUACUUCUUGCCAAAUAGGACUGCGAGGAAGAGGGAUGUUCUAUGAAACUCCCUUUCUAUGGGUUUGGCUCUGGAGUUUGUUUCCGCACAAAAAUUCCUCAACUGUAAUAUAUUUUCAAUUUUAACAACGAUAGGAAAAGGGAUUACCGACCGACCGAUAGAUGAAUGAGUCAGGUUUUCGUAUUGCAUCAUGGGCAAGAGUAUCAUACGUCCAAAAUCCUUAUAUAAUUUGGGCCUGUUCUGCAUUGUGCCCCCCGUUAGCUGCUGGGGCUCUAGCUCUUCUGGACGGGGACAGGUACCGGUGUCUUUAAUACCGCCACUCCCAGAAUUUCACAAUGCACUGAAGUGCUAUAAGAUUCGGUGCACACGUUAACCGCGUAUAAUACUAACCCUGAGAUGUAUGAGCACAAGAACACCCGUAGAGUACCAACCCCAUAAGGUAUAAAAAUCACAGCCGAGCCCUACCCAAGCAUAAUCCCAACUGAUCCCCUCGGACUGUAUGACAAUGUUAGACAAAUUGCAGCGGGAAGAAAAGCGAAAAACAGGGCAAGUAACUACCGCAGUUAUUCGGGUUUGAUAGGUAAUGCGCUCGAGCAAGAUAGAAGAAAGUGAAAUAGUACCAGCGGAGGUGCCCCCGCAAAGGGUGAUCGCUAGGGCCAUCGAUGAGAGCUCCGCCUUAACCGCCUAACAGCAGGCAGCGUAACACGAGUGAGCAGCCAUGAUUCUCUACGAAACUUCAAUUCAGAUGGAUGCUAUCGGCCUUAACUCGAUAUAACAUCGUAUAGCUUCGCGAGAAACUUUCUCUGCCCGCUGCAGUGAAUGCUCUAACUGCAGGCCAGGCCAGGCCAUGAAUACUUAUCGCCUUGUUAAGACCAGACCGUGUUGAUUCUGGAGUGGGAACUGGAUAAAGGAUGAAGCCUCUCAUACCUGGCAAAUUGUAGGAGUAAUUAUGUGGGAGGACCCUGUUCAUACCUUCCAGAGCAUGGCGAUGGAGCUCCUCGGCCUAGCCGCGCCUUUCCUGGGAUAUCUCGGUAUUGAAGCCAAGUCGUUGGUACUCGCAAGCGUAUGUGGAUGAUUUGCCCCUUGUACUUUCUCCAGAAAUCCCCGCUCAUGUCAAGUCAUCUCCUCCUUCUGUUUGAAUUUUUCACUGGUGCUGCUAGGAUAGGCCCAGAUUAUUUAUGCUUGCCAGGGUAUCGGGGUGAUCCAUUCCUAAUUCCCUUUCUUUGCCUUCCAGUGCACGCUAGGGUAUUUUUUUUUUCCGAUUUAUUGGACCUUCCUAAGCGCUCUAGUACUGACCCUAACCUACCUAGGCCCCUAGAGUGCCCAGACAACCCGGCCCGAGGGCCUCUUCGCUGACUUUGGCCGUAUGCUGGCCCAUCACUGGUGUUUCCCCGUACUUCACUUGGCUCUUAAAUGCCAGAGCCCGAUUCUUGACGCUCACUAGAACAUUAGGGUGAUCCGCCACUAAUCGCAUUUUCCUAUGAUACCCCCAAACACAGGGAGAGGCCUUCGGUCUGCGUCAGAGUUCUUUAUUCGGCAUCCUAAGACAGAACCAGGGAGUUCGUUCUCUGCCGGUGUUGAGAGCCAUAUUGGCAACGCCCUUUCGGGACCUAGGAGACACAUGUAGUUGUUGUUCUAUGACCUUAUAAUGUCCCGUUUCCCCAAGAUACUGUGCUACCCAACAAUUGUGUACUCGAGUAGGUCGGCUAGAGCUCCCGGAGUUUUAGUGACAGAAUGUGCAGGUAUCAUAGAAGGUGAGCGCCAAAAAAUAUGCGGUCGGCCUACAGCAAAUUCGGGAAUAGCUCUGGAAUUGUAUGUGGUGCCGGGUUCCUCGAAUCCUCUGAUCCCUUCGACGACAGUGUGCUUGAAUAGAAAGCUGUAUCAUACGAACAGGUGAAGCUCAUGGACUGGCCAUUCCAUGGUAUGCUUCAUCUCGGCCCCUUGGGGAGGUCCCAAAGGCAUACCGAUUUCCUUUGAACA